GUUUUGAUCUUAUGGUUAACGAUGCUAAGUGGCUAUCUUCUCUCUCUUCCUUAACAAAUUUUGGCCUGGAUUCAAUGCCAAAUCUUGGCUCCUCUGGUCACUGGCAACAAAUGAUUGCUGAGCUUAUUCCAAACUUAAGAGAGCUGAGACUAGUUCGUUGUAGUCUUUCUGAUCAUGAUAUUUCACCGUUGUUUCGUUCUCAUUCCAACCUUUCCACUUCUCUUUCCAUCCUUGACCUCUCUGAUAAUAUGCUGACAUCAUCAACAUUUCAAUUGUUGUUCAACUAUAGUCAUAAUCUCCAAGAGCUUCGUCUUCGUGGUAAUAAUAUUGAUUUGUCGUCUCCUCACCAUCCAAACUUUCCCUCGCUUGUGGUCCUUGAUCUCGCUGUUAAUGACCUCACAUCAUCAAUAAUUUUAGGAAAUUUCAACUUCAGCUCCACCAUACAAGAACUUUAUCUAGAAGAGUGCAGUUUUACUGAUAAAAGUUUUCUUGUUCCAUCUACUUUCAUAAAAAAGUCUUCAUCUUCUCUUGUCACCCUUGAUCUCUCCUCUAAUCUAUUGAAAUCAUUGGCUAUAUUUCACUGGGUUUCCAACUUCACCACCAAUCUUCAUACACUUUCUCUUGAUCAUAACUUGUUAGAAGGUCCCAUUCCAGAUGGAUUUGGGAAAGUAAUGAACUCUCUUGAAGUUCUAACCCUUUCCUCUAACAAACUGCAAGGUGAGAUUCCAGCUUCUCUUGGAAAUAUAUGCACAUUACAGGAAUUAGACAUUAGCAGUAACAACUUGAGUGGGAAAAUUUAUAGCUUUAUUCAAAAUUCUUCAAUUUUGUCGUCUUUGAGGAGAUUAGAUCUUUCCAAUAAUAAAUUAACGGGUGAAAUACCAAAAAGCAUUCGUUUGUUAUAUCAGUUGGAGAGUCUUCACCUAGAGAAGAAUUAUUUGGAGGGUGAUAUCAACGAAUUGCAUCUCACAAAUUUGUCCAAAUUGAUGGAAUUAGACUUAACAGACAACUCAUUGUCUCUAAAGUUUGCUACUUCCUGGAUUCCAUCUUUCCAAAUAUUUCAUUUGGGACUAGGUUCUUGCAAGUUGGGACCUAGUUUCCCAAGUUGGCUCCAGACUCAAAGUCAGUUAAGCUUUCUAGAUAUUUCUGAUGCUGAGAUUGAUGACUUUGUACCGGAUUGGUUUUGGAACAAGUUACAGUCUAUAAGUGAGUUGAACAUGUCUAGCAACAGUCUCAAAGGUACAAUUCCAAAUCUACCAAUCAAGCUGACUGAUGUUGAUAGAUUUAUAACUCUAAAUUCAAAUCAACUUGAAGGUGAAAUUCCUGCUUUUUUAUCACAAGCGUACAUGUUGGAUCUUUCCAAAAAUAAGAUUUCAGAUUUAAAUCUGUUCUUGUGCGGAAAAGGUGCAACCACAAAAAUCAACACAUUGGAUUUGUCAAAUAAUCAAAUAAUGGGACAGCUGCCUGACUGUUGGGAACAUCUAAUUUCAUUAGCAUAUCUUGAUCUAAGUGAUAAUAAAUUGUCAGGGAAGAUUCCACAGUCCUUGGGUACUCUUGUUAAUUUGGGAGCUUUGGCCUUACGAAACAACAGUUUAACUGGAAAGCUACCAUUCACAUUGAAGAACUGCACAAGUUUAUAUAUAUUAGAUGUGGAUGAAAAUUUGUUGUCUGGUACAAUACCAUCAUGGAUUGGAAAAAGUCUACAACAAUUGGAAAUCUUAAGCUUGAGAGUAAAUCGCUUCUUUGGAAGUGUUCCUGUUCAUCUCUGCUAUUUGAUGCAAAUUCAUCUGUUAGAUCUUUCAAGGAAUCACUUGUCUGGAAGAAUUCCAACAUGUCUGAGGAAUUUUACUGCAAUGAUGGAAAGACCAGUAAACAGAUCUGAAAUUGUAGAAGGCUAUUAUGACUCUAAGGUCUCAUUGAUGUGGAAAGGCCAGGAACAUGUGUUUUUCAAUCCUGAGUAUCUUUUAAUGAGCAUUGAUCUCUCAAGUAACAACUUAACGGGUGAAAUACCGACAGGGUUUGGGUAUUUACUUGGAUUAGUUUCUUUGAAUUUAUCAAGAAACAACUUAAAUGGAGAAAUUCCUGACGAGAUUGGGAAUUUAAAUUUGUUAGAAUUUCUCGACUUAUCAAGAAAUCAUUUCUCAGGCAAAAUACCUUCUACUCUUUCCAAAAUUGAUCGUCUUUCUGUGUUAGACUUAUCAAACAACAAUCUGAUUGGAAGAAUCCCCCUGGGAAGACAGUUGCAAACCUUUGAUGCCUCUACUUUUGGACGAAAUCUUGGUCUUUGUGGUGAGCAACUUAACAAAAGUUGUCCUGGAGAUGAGACAAUAGCAAAGCCUCAAGGACUAGCAAUUGAUGGUGAAGAUGACAAUUCAAUUUUCUAUGGAGCAUUAUACAUGAGCAUUAUUCAAUUUUCUUUUCUUUUUCUUUACGCCCUCAGCAUCCCUACCCUCCUUUCUUCUCUGCAUUCUCUCUUCCUCCACCGGCAACGACCUGCUUUUCGUGUGUUUUUCACGCAGUUCUCAAGACCAGGGUAA